GCCCGCGGCGCGGGACGGUUUGGCGGCUGCUCGCUGCCCGCCUGCGCUGCCCGCCCGCCGCCCUCCUUCGCCCCUCCCCCGCGGCGGAAGGCGGCAGAGCAGCGCCCCCCAGCGGUCUCCGCCGGAGACUAUAUUUUGUAAGAAGAUGAAGAACAGAAAGCAAUAUAUUCAAGAUACUGAGGGCCAGGAGCAUGAAGGCACGGAAGGUGAAGAAAAUGAAGAGAACUGUUCCUGUUCUACAUUAUUAUACGAUGGUGACACAUGCCCCAUCUGUCUGAACUGCCUUCUCGAACAAGAGAUUGGUUUUCCUGAGAACUGCAGUCAUACCUUCUGCAUGACUUGCAUUCUUAAAUGGGCUGAGACACAGGCUUCAUGUCCUAUUGAUCGCAGACCAUUUCAAGCAGUAUGCAGGCUUGAUACAUUAGAAGAGCAGAUAAAGAUUCAGGUUAAAAAACAACUAAGGAGGAAGGAAGAGGAUGAAAACUAUGCUUGCAAUAAGGGAAAACAUAGACAUGCGAAGAUGAGAAGUUUUGUGAGAGGGGUUGUAUGUCCAGACAGACAGCUAUUAAGAGCAAGAUUAAGCAAAAUUGUGAAGAAAAAGUACAGUAAUGUUUUAUAUGACAAACGAAACAAGAAAGCUUUAUCUAUGAAGAUAAACAAGCCCAGAAGACAUGAGUGCUACAGAAGUAAUUUCUUCAGCACAGUUCCAGCUGGUGGUAGCAAUGAAGAAUCAUUUUUUAGCUGUAGAAGCGACUGUACAGAAUUCACAGAAGUUAAUACAGUGAUCAGACAGAAGAGACAAGAACUGGAAUUGUCCUGUUCAUCUGUGCUGGCUAGAGUUGAAAGAGUCCCCUUACUGUCUUAUGGAGCUGAAGCUGAGACCUUUCUUUUCACUUCUACUGCAGUGGCUGGGACAAUUCUUCCAACAAAUAUCAGGCCCUUGGAAAACUUUGAAUCUUUAGGCAAAGGAUGUGCUAUUGCAUGUACCCAAGAAGGAGAAGAUAAAAAACAAGCUUCUGGUUCAUCUGGCACCAGAGGGACUAGAAGGAAACCAGUUAAUACUACUCCUACAAGAAGGUCUGCACGAAACAGCAAAAACGAGACUCUGAGUCAGUCUCGGAGCUCACCUCGCUCAAGCAGUUCCGCGUGCGGUGCCCCUGAUGGCAGUAACUCAUCUCUGAAUAAAUCUCCUUCAGAGUCAGAGAAGCCUCCUCCAAGACGAAUGUCAAAGAGGGCAGUGAAACAGAAAACAUCCGUUGUGAAAAAGAAGCUGAGAAGAUCUGCACGGUCUGAAAAAUCAUCCAGUGAUUCAGUGGAAGAUGAUGACAUGGCUGAGGCUGAAGCAGCCGUGAGUUUAGUUAAAGAGGAUCAGUCAGAUGAUGAAAGCAAUAAUGCAAGCCUUCCACAGAGAACUACUGCAGACACAGAAUCUGCUAAUGGAUUGGAAAGCUGUGGUGAGCAUGCAGGAACUGAGGAAACACCAGUAGAAUCUGACAAAGAUGAAAAUACUUCAGGCAACGUGGAUGUAAGUUUUCCUGUCCAAGAGUCUCCAGUACUAACUUCAAGGGAUGAAAGUCAGGGAUUUGAUGUAAAAGGAGUUAGUGAAAAAAACUUAGAUCCUACAAAUCAGGAUGUCUGUGAAAAUGCUCUUGAACAAGCAGAAACAGUGGCUAGUCCCAGAGGUGAAGUAUACGACAACACAACUUCUCAAACAGUAGAUCAGAUAUUGUGUAGUCCUCAGAAUGAGUUGAUGGAGAGUGUAGAAACUCUGACAAAAAUAGAUCCACCUGAAUCUAGUCCAGAAAAUGAGCUCUUGGAAUAUCCGGAACCUUUAGGAAAAGACCAGCCACUAGAGAGCCCCAGAAGUGAAUCGCCCAAGCACCCAGAAACCAUAGAAACAGAUUAUUCUGAGGCUGCAGAAAAAACAGUAGUAGACUGUGCAAGUACAGAUAGUCAGAACAUCAAAACUGUACAAGAUGAAGAACCAGCUACGUUAAACUGCAGUGUAUGUAUGGACAGUACAUCAGAACAACCCUUAAAUGAAAAUGCUGUGCCAGAAAGUGAAGAGGGUGGAACUCCAGAGUCACCUCAGGUAAAUGCUGAACAUAAACAUUUUGGUGAGGAUAACAACGAAGAGGGUGGAACUCCAAAGUCACCUCAGGUAAAUGCUGAACAUAAACAUUUUGGUGAGGAUAACAACGAAAUGAUACCAAUGGAUUGUGACUCAUUUUGCAGUGACCAGAAUGAACCUCAGAUUGAGCAGUUACCACCUGUUGAAAGUACAGAGCAAGGAGAAGUGAGCUCUUUACAGCGAGAUGUUGCAGACUGUGCAUCAGUUUCAGGAGUUCCUGAUGAAAAAGAUGAAGCUGUAACUCAAGAGAGUGAGUGCCAGUCAGAACUCAAAAAGGAUAAGAAGAUUCGCACUAGGAAGUCUAGAUUUCACUCUCCAUCAACAACCUGGUCUCCUUCUAGGAAAGAGGGCAGGAAAUCUCAGCUACCAUCCCCUAAAAGAGAGAUGAUCGGAGACAGGAGCUCACAAUCACCCAAAAAAGAAACUGACAGAGAGGAAAAGAGAUCCUCAUCACGGUCUCCAAAGACAGAGACAGUCAAAGAUGAGAAAAAAACACCAUCUCGAUCUCCCAAAAAGGAAACUGUCAGGGAAAGCAGGAGAUCAUCUUCUCGGUCAAGAACUAAGGAUUCAUCUCCUAGGCAAAAAUCUAGAUCUCGGAGCAGUGAUAGGGAUAGUCAAAGAAGAGAUCGUGACAGGGAAAGAAGAAGUAGGAGGUGGUCUAGGUCGCGGUCACGAUCUAGGUCACGGUCACAAUCUAGGACAAGAAAUAGAGGUUCUUCCUUCUCUAGAAGUGAGAGGGACAGUCAUUCACCUCGAUGGAAAGAGAGAUGGACAAAUGACAGCUGGAGGAGCCCCAGAGGAAAUGAUCGGUGCAGAAGAAGUGAUCAAGAAAAACAGAAUGAAAGUCUUAAAAAAGAGAAGGACAAUACAGAAAAGAGCAAUGAUGAUCAGAGUUCUUCAGACAAGCGGAGGAAUGACUGUCCAGACUGGGUAAUGGAAAGGAUAAACUCUGUCCCAGAAGUCAGGAACAGAGAGAGAGAUAAACCACACUGGGAAGACAGCAGGCACGAUAAUUCAGGACAGUCUUGGAAUAAAAGCUUUGGUUCGGGUUGGAUUCCAAAUCGAGGGAGAGGACAUCGUGGCCGAGGUGGGCGUGGAAGAGGUGGCUUCAUGUACGGAGACCGGAGUGAAAAUCACUGGCAAAACAGAAAACCCCUCUCAGGGAACUCAAAUGGUUCUGGGAAUGAAACAUCAAGGUUCCCAGAACAUCAGCCAUACAAGCGUAAGAAUGAACAAGAUUACUCUUUUGAAACGCCUGCUGACAGAUCUGGGUGGACCUCUGCAUCCAGCUGGGCUGUAAGAAAGACUUUACCUGCUGAUGUGCAGAAUUAUUAUUCAAGAAGGGGACGCAAUUCAUCAAGCCCACAGUCUGGAUGGGGAAUGAGGCAAGAAGAGGAGACGCCAGAACAAGAUCCAAACCUAAAAGACCAAGGCAACCAGCAAAGUGAUGGUUCUCAGUUACCAAUAAAUAUGAUGCAGCAACAAAUGAAUGUAAUGCCACAAGUGAAUGCACAGCACCAACCUAUGAAUAUCUUUCCGUAUCCAGUGGGUGUCCCUCCUCCCAUGAUGAAUAUGCAACGAAGUCCUUUCAACAUACACCCUCCAAUGCCCAUGCAUCUCCCUACAGGAGUGCCUCUCAUACAGGUAGCUGCUCCCACAAAUUUGUCUCAGGGAUUACCUCCGCCUCCACCUCCACCCCCACCAUCUCAACAAGUCAGCUUCAUUGCCUCACAGCAAGAUGGAAAACAGUUGCAGGGUGUUCCAAGUGCUGCUCCUGUGAGUGAUAACGUGAGUGCUCCAGCCUUGCCUGCUCCAACAGCAGUCCUGGGAAACAUGGGAACAGUUCAGGGACCAAGUUCGGGUAAUACAACCUCCUCGAGUCAUGUCAAGAGCUCUAAUGCAGCUGUAAAAUCAGGAGAAAACAGAGCAAGUGUAACAGUGGAAGCUAGUGCAGAUAGCUCCAAAAAGGACCAGAAAUUGUUAAUUCAGGAAAAAGCGGCCCAGGAAGUCAAACUGGCUAUUAAACCUUUCUACCAAAACAAAGACAUCACCAAGGAGGAAUACAAAGAAAUCGUGCGGAAGGCUGUAGAUAAAGUUUGUCACAGCAAGAGUGGAGAAGUGAAUUCUGCAAAGGUGGCCAACCUAGUGAAGGCUUAUGUAGACAAAUACAAACACUCGCGGAAGAAGAACCCCGAGGAGGCAGUCUCUGGUGAAAGAAAAUAAAACCACCUUUUCAGUUUUGUCAUUUUACUCAGUCUGCAAAGUGCAAUUUCAAGAUGAACCCAUUAGCUGAAAAUUGUACAUGACCGUGAUUUGAACCUGGUUUUGAUAAAAUUAUUUUUCAAUGUAGCUAUAUACAUAUAUAUAUAUAUAUAACAUUUUGUUCUAAAGAAAUCUGCAGGGCAACUUCUUUAUUCCUUAAAAAAAAAAAAGUCUAAAAAAACCCAAUAAAGAUGUAAAGAAGAAUCAUUAGGAAUGUACGAUUGUGUGGAUACUUAGAUGUACAGUGUUUUGACUUGAAUAACAGAAUACGUGAAAUCAGAAGCUUGUGGGUACGUUGGGUUUGGAACAGGUAUGUACAGGACAUGUAAUUGGUCAGAUUAAGUAAAAUUUUUCUUUUGAUUUUUAAUUUUUUUUUCCUUCUCCCUAAUUAUAGCAAAGAUAAUGUAUUGCCUUGACAAAUAUUUCUAGCAUUAACUGGACAGGCUGAGUGCCCAGGAGGUGACAAUGUGUAUAUAAAAAAACAAGGCACACAAAGUGUUUAGUUUCUAAGAGGAUAAUUGAUAAACCAGUAAAAUGCAGUGCCCAAGAACAGGGACGUGCACAUCUGUUGUAACACCAAAUAAAAACUAUGCUGCUUA